ACGUGGGCGGUUCGCGUCACGUCACGCCCCGGCGGCGCGCGCCCUCCGGCUCCAGAAGCUUUGGUGGCAGGCCCGGCCUGAGAGGCGGUGCUGGGUUACGAGGGCACGAGUAGCCGCGGCCAGGACUUACUUUCUAGGGAGAACCGGAACCCGAAAGCUACCCAGCAUGGCGGCGCAUCGCCGCCUUCCUCCCGCCCCGCGCCCGCCUAUUCCUGGCGGCUGUUUAUCUGAACACGUGUUUGUCCGUCCCGCCCUGGCCCGGAUUGAAAGCACCGGAGGUUCUCUUGUUCCAGAUGACCUAGAUUGUGUAAAUUGAAGAAAACAAACAAACAACCUGACCAUCACAAAGAGAAGGCGCCAGAGUCUCACCAUUCAGCACGAUGUCUGCUAUGGGGUUUUGGUGAUGUAUUUUGUCACAGUGAGAUCAUUCCCUUCUAGUCCCAGUUUGCUGCAAUUUCUUUCUGUCAUUGAGUGAAUUAGUUUUUCAUCUGAACUGUAUUUAGCUCUUCAUUCUGCUCACUUUCUGUUUAAUUCUCCUUCUUCCGAAUGUGAAUGUGCAAGGCAAAGUUGCUGUUGGCUCUCUCUGCCUCAUGGAUGUUGCCCCAAGAUGUGACCUCUGGGCUACAGUUCCGGCAUUAUGCCUGCCUAGCUACUUGCCAUAUUUCUGGCCAUGAUCGUCAUUGACUGACCCUCUGAUAUUAUAAACAAGUCCCCAAUCAAAUACUUUCUUUGUUUGUCAAAGAAACACACUAUGAACUGAUGGAUGGAUCUGGAUACAAUUUGCCUACCUUUAAUGCUUCUGUAGAGAACUGAGUGGUUUAAAUGGGAUGUUCAAGCACAGCUCAACCUCUGAAGCCACCUUGGGAAAUGAUCACAGGUCCAUCACAAAACUAUCACGGAAGUCUAAAGCGUCCCGUCAUGUCACACCUCAUAGCCAGCGUCCACCUCAUCCCUUCUCAGCCAUCCAGCCUUCAUCCUGCCAUCUAUGUCCAUCCCCUGUCUGUUUUCUACCCUACGUCUUUCCCUACUCUGAAAAACACUUUCUACUUCCCCACCUUAAUGAUGGCCAUGCCCAGCUCCUCCUGCCUGGCCAAACUUUCCGCUAAUCGCCCUGCUGUCUUCCAACCCUCUUCCUAUUUGUCCACCCUCAUGACCACCCCUCCUAGAAGAGUGCCACUGGAGAGAUACCUAGUCUCUCUUUCCCAUCCGGAAGCUGACUGCCCUCAACUAGACUGGGAGUUGAGGAAGAAUUCUCCAGACAUGGAGCCUGGAAUUGAAGGAAACGAAUUGGCUCCCACAUCCCUGGUACAAGGGAAGCAGCCCCCGGAGACACAGACUGGAAACCAGGAAGCGGAAGAGAGUCAAGCCCUGGUUAAGUUUGGCGCCUUCACUCAAAACAUGAAAUUCCAAAAUGACAAGAUCCCCACGUGACUCCAAGACCCAAAGUGACAUCACUGUGUAGGGGACAAGAUCAUGAGUGAAGCAGAAUAUCUCUGGGCAUUAAAUAAACAGAGUGGACACCGUUCACAGAAAUAAAUGUUUCAUUUGCA